AUGGCCCAUAGCGUCCCCCCUCACAGCAUCCGCAUAUCCAUAGACAGGGGCGGCACUUUCACAGACGUACACGCCUCUGUCCCAUCCACCGACACCUCCAAGCGAGACGAGUUUGUGAUCAAGCUACUGUCUCAAGACCCGUCCAACUACAAGGACGCCCCAGUGGAAGGGAUUCGACGUGUUCUGGAAAGAGUCACCAAAGAGGAAUACGGUAGAGGGCAGCCUUUGCCUACAGAUAAGCUGGAGUACGUCAGGCUGUCUACAACCGUCGCAACAAAUGCUCUACUCGAGCGGAAAGGUCAGAAGCACGCUCUUCUCAUCACCAAGGGAUUCAAAGACCUUUUGGAAAUCGGUAAUCAAGCUCGCCCUCGUAUCUUUGAUCUGAACAUCAAACGGGCCAAGCCUCUGUAUUCGACGGCGGUCGAGGUAGAUGAGAGGGUCACUUUGGUGGGCUUCACAUCGGACCCAAACAACGAGCAAAAUGCGCUGGUCUUCAACGAAGAUGGAUCUGUGAAGAAAGCCUACUCUGGCGUAGGCGCGGAUGAGCAAGAGUCAUUCUUGAAGGGAAGAAUAGUGCAGGGGGUAUCAGGAGAGGCUGUGAGAAUAUUGCAAGAGCCAAACCUCGAUGCGGUCAAGAAUGACCUUCAGCGCCUCUUUGAUGGGGGCUAUAGAUCUAUAGCCGUAUGCCUGGCUCACUCUUAUACCUUUCCCGACCACGAACUCUCCAUCGGACGACUGGCAACAGAAGUUGGCUUCACACACAUAUCCCUCUCCUCCCAAUUGCUUCCGAUGAUCAAGAUGACUACUCGAGGGCAGUCAACGACCGCGGAUGCUUAUCUCACACCUGUAUUGCAAGCUUACCUUGAUGGAUUCUACUCUGGGUUUGAAGGGGGUAAAGAUGGUGAUUUGCAUGUCGAGUUUAUGGGUUCGGAUGGAGGGUUGGUAGACCUCAAGAAUUUUUCGGGUCUCAAGUCGCUGCUAUCAGGUCCAGCAGGAGGGGUUGUAGGCUGUGCACUUACCAGCUGGGAUGAAGAAGAGAAAGCCCCAGUGAUUGGCCUCGAUGUGGGAGGUACCAGCACCGACGUCUCCCGGUAUGCUGGGCGUUACGAAUCAGUCUAUGAAACCGUCACAGCGGGUAUAGCCAUCAAUACGCUCCAGCUGGAUAUUAACACUGUCGCUGCUGGAGGCGGAAGCUGUCUUACUUACAAGAACGGUCUCUUCCGCGCCGGACCAGAGUCUGCUGGCGCCCAUCCAGGUCCAGCUUGUUAUCGCAAAGGCGGCCCUCUGGCUUUGACGGAUGGCAAUUUGUUCCUCGGGCGACUAGUCCCAAAGUACUUUCCGAAAUGUUUCGGUCCUAAUGAGAACGAAGGUCUCGAUCCUGAUGCUAGUCGGGACCUGUUUGAGAAGCUAGCAGAUGAGAUCAAAAAGGAGACGGGCACCGAGAAGACUGUUGACGAAAUUGUAUACGGUUUCGUCCAAGUUGCCAAUGAGACAAUGGCGAGACCCAUCAGGACCUUGACGGAGGCCAGGGGGUUCAAGACAGACCAACAUGUACUAGCUUCUUUCGGAGGAACGGGCGGGCAAGUGGCUUGUGAGAUUGCAGAGCUUCUGGGUAUCCAGCGCGUGCUUAUCCAUAAAUACUCUUCAAUCCUUUCUGCUUAUGGUCUCGCGCUGGCAGACAGGGUGAUCGAGUACCAAGAACCAGCCUCCGACACUUACUCCUCAGCCACACAGCCUUCUCUAUUUAACCGCCUGGAUAGACUAGAGGCAAAGUCUCGGCAAGUGCUGACAGAUGCUGGCUUCCCUCCAGACAAGAUCCAAGCGGAACGAAUACUGAACAUGAGGUUUGAUGGAAGCGACACGGCAUUGAUGGUGUUGGACGAUGGGAGUGGGGAUUACGAAGCUGCUUUCAAGAAGGCGUACAAGGCUGAAUUCGGUUUCUUGUUAAACAAGCCCAUCAUCGUCGACGACGUCAAGGUGAGAGGCAUAGGCAAGACAUUUGAUUCCCUGGGUCCCUCAGCGUUCCAAGAGGCGAAAUCCUUGAGACCAAACACUCUGGGCAAUGACAAGGCCAACUUUCAUCAAGACUGCUACAUUUGGUAUGGCGGGUCCGGUCGUCGCGAAGAUGUACCAGUGUUUGAACUGGAUCCUCUGAAGCCUGGUGACGAGAUUCUUGGACCGGCUAUGGUGAUCGACGAUACGCAGACUAUCUUUGUCAACCAGUGUGGGAUGGUCGGCGCUGUCGACUAG